AUGGAACCAAGUCAGUCGAUCCCAGAAUACCUCAACGACGCAAUAAGCUCCACCACCGUCGAAGAACAACAUCAAGAAAGUCGACCAUUUGUGUGCAGUUUUUGCAAUAACGGCUUCUGCAAUGCACGAGCACUUGGAGGCCAUAUGAAAAUCCACCGCAAGCAAAAAGCUACGGCGCCGACCUUCUCACCACCACCAAACACCGCCACCCCCACCACCCCAAUCAACCCCUUUACAAAUUCUGCUCAAGGGAGAAACAAACCACGUCGAUUUGUCGGGGAUGUCUCGUGUGAUUCAAGAAAUAACCAUCAAGAAAAUGUAAUGAUAGAUCAUACGUCACCGACGCAUGAAAUAGAUGUUGAUCUCAGGUUAGGACAAUAUGAAUCGUCGGGGAGCAAGAUUACUACUACUAGAAAAUUCUUCUAA